AGGAAGUCGCUUCAUCAGAGAGGACCGCAGGAUUGUUAUAAACCUGAGUGUAUCGGUGUACGACGAGCGUUUUGCAACGAUAAACAAAUUUUUAUUCGGUUUUUAUUCGGAGUGUAAACGAUUCCCACGAGAUUUCCUCCUCCUCCUUCUCCUCCUCCUCCUCCGUCGCGCAUCGAGGAUUAAUUGGCGCAUAAGAUGUGACUGGAAUUAUCUGACAGCCCGAGCUUCAAAUUGUUCUCAUCUUUCAUGUACUGUAACACGUCAACGCGAUUGAAAAAUCAUCCACUGAAAUCAGAUCUAUCUUUAAUUACAUUUCUAGGAAGGAAAAGUACACGUGACGCUACUAACGUCCCAAAUCGAUUUUGAACUGUCAUAUUACCUGUACAUAUAGGACACGUGUUGGACAUCGCGUAAUUUGUGCGUGCAUCGAAGAAAAUAGAUGUCGAGUCUUGAAGCAGCGCUUGUGAUCAUUAGGCUUAUAGCUUUCUCCUGUCCAACGAAUUUGACACUAAUCGCGUAAUUAAUUGCGAUUAGUUUUGCACACCGACGAACCAAGUGUAGAGCGAAAGAAAAAAGAGGCACGAGAGAAGAGGAUCGCAUCGCGGCGAUAUCGCAGGUUCGUAACACUCAUAAUUGGAGUAUUCUCGAGAGCGAAAAGUAUCGCGUCGCAAGAGCGACAUGCGAAGGAGUUUAUGCGAAUCUCAUCGGAGUCUUUCUUGAACGUCGUUCAUGCACGGGAAAAGUGAGGAUUCGAGAAUCUUUACGAACGAGAAACAAUGAAGAAAAACGCAUGCGAGUCUUCCAUUCACCAAGUGUUGACGAGUGUUUAGUGCUCAGCGAAAAAGAAAAAGGAUCGUCUCUCCACGCGGAGGACAUCAGUGGAUAUUCGGUGUUGGUGCGCGAACCGGAAGGAUUUGCGUAGUGCAGUGUGCCGAUAAUAGAGAUCAAUAAUAUUCGGUGAGAGUGGUGAGAGAAAGAGAGCGAAGGAUACACAAAAACAACGGUGUGACGAGAGGACAGCGGAGGAUUCACCAAAAGCGCAGAGGAGUGCUCAAAGGAGCGGCUGAGAAGCAGCAGCAGGGGAUAUCGAUGAUAUGCGGUAGUCGAGGGAUUCCCCAGGGAGAGACAUGAGGGCGGCCACCAUCUACGUCCUAUUCCUUGCCCACCUCAUACAGGCGACAACUGCGAGCGGAUACUUCGAGGUGCAGAUCCUCUCGCUGACGAACAACAGGGGCACUCUGGUGGACGGUAGAUGUUGCGGCGGAGGAAGCGGGGGCGGAAAAGGAGAAUUCCCACCCUGUACGACGCCCUGCUCGACAGCCUUCUGGCUCUGUCUCAAGGAAUACCAGUCGAACGUCACUGCCAUCGGCUCCUGUAGUUUCGGCAAUGUAUCUAGUCACGCCCUCGGCCCAAACACUUUCACCCUCUCCGACCCCGUCACUCUACAACUCCACUUCACCUUUCGAUGGACGAGGCAAUUCACGUUGAUCCUACGAGCGAGGGACGAGGUGAGCGCCGGCGUGAUCGAAGAAGCGAGUUACAGCGGCAUCGUCUUGCCAGGACCCACGUGGCAUACUCUCAAUCAUCAAGGAAAAAACGCUCACUUAGCGUAUCGAGUGCGAGUCCAGUGCGCCGAUCAUUACUACAAUGCGACCUGUACCAAAUUCUGCCGACCUAGAAACGACAUUUUCGGCCAUUACACCUGCGAUGAGAACGGGGACAAAGUAUGCAUACAGGGAUGGAAAGGCGUCGACUGCGAGACAGCCGUGUGCAAGGAGGGCUGUCAUCCCGUGCAUGGCCAUUGCAACGUCAGCGGUGAGUGCCAAUGUCGGCACGGCUGGCGCGGUGAGCUGUGCGACCAAUGCAUGCCUUAUCCCGGUUGCAAACACGGUUAUUGCAAUGGCUCGAGCUGGCAAUGCAUCUGCGACACGAACUGGGGCGGAAUACUGUGCGACCAGGAUCUCAACUAUUGCGGCACCCACGAGCCAUGCCAGAACGGCGGUACGUGCGAAAACACUGCUCCCGAUCAGUACCGGUGCACAUGCCCGGAGGGCUUCUCCGGGCCUACCUGCGAAAAAAUCGACAAUCCUUGUGCGUCUAACCCAUGCCUGAACGGCGCGACCUGUCGCGAGCUCGGCGAGACCGCGCAGUGCGAAUGCGCCCCGGGGUUCUCCGGACCAUUUUGCGCGACCGACAUCGACGAGUGCGCUUCGCAACCGUGCCAGAACGGCGGUACCUGUGUAGACGGCAAGAACGGCUUCCUCUGUAACUGCCCAUUUGCCUGGAAAGGCGUGCUCUGCCAGUUUGACGUGGAUGAGUGCACGCUAAAGGAAUCGCCCUGCAAAAACUCCAUCACUUGCAUCAACUUGGCCGGUGAUUAUAGAUGCCGAUGCCGGAGCGGAUUUACCGGGAAGAAUUGCACGAAGAAUAUCAAUGACUGCGUCGGCCAGUGCCAACACGGUGCGCUCUGCAUCGAUCUGGUAGAUGAUUAUCAUUGCAGCUGCACUCCCGGUUACUCCGGCAAGGAUUGUGACGUUGAUAUCGAUGAGUGCGCGUCCAAGCCGUGCCAGAACGGCGGCGAUUGCCGCGAUCUGGUGAACGCUUACGAGUGCGUGUGCCCGGUUGGCUUCACUGGCUACCAAUGCGAAAUCGAUCGCGAUCAUUGCAGUCCGAAUCCGUGUCGCAAUUCGGCACCAUGUUUUAAUACGCAGACUGACUACUACUGUCACUGCCCAGCACAGUGGCAGGGCAGAAAUUGCUCGGAGCCGGCCUUGAAUAAUCCGCAAUUCGGUGUGGACGACGAGCAGUCGGGCUGCGGCAGCGAAGGUACUCCAUGCGGCGGUAAGGGCCGAUGUAGUGGCGGCAGAUGCAUUUGCGAUCCGGGCUACACCGGCGUACAUUGCCAUGAGAAUAUCAACGAUUGCCGCGGCAAUCCCUGCUUGAACGGCGGUACGUGCGUUGACCUGCUUAACUCGUUCCAGUGCAUCUGUAGGGAGGGCUGGAGUGGAGAUCUUUGUGACCAAAAUGUGGAUGACUGCUUGACACAGCCUUGCCACAACAACGGUACCUGCGUAGACGGCGUGGCAGAUUUCACGUGCAUCUGCCAGGGCGACUGGAAGGGCAAGACGUGCACCCUGCGCCGCGGCCACUGCGAUGAAGACACUUGUCGUAACGGCGGCGAUUGCAAGGAUCACGGGGACAGUUUUACGUGCAACUGCCCACGCGGAUGGGAAGGCACAAUCUGCCACAUCGCAUCGCCAUCAGCGUGUACGAGUAAUCCUUGCGCAAAUGGCGCAACUUGCGUAAAUACGGUUGAUGGCAGCUACCGAUGCGUCUGUCGUGAGGGCUUCGAAGGACCGGACUGCCGAAGCAAUGUGGACAAUUGCCAACCAGUGCCAUGUCUAAACGGUGGGAAAUGUGUGGACGGUGACAAUUGGUUCAGAUGCGAAUGCGCGCCCGGGUUUACUGGCCCGGAUUGUCGCAUUAACGUGAACGAAUGUGCGAGCGAUCCGUGCACCGGAGGUGCCACCUGCGUAGAUGGCAUCGCGAGCUACUCAUGCAUUUGUCCACCUGGUAGAACCGGUCCGCGAUGUGAGAUCCGAACAGCUGGUGGACCCGGUUGCACAGCCGCUACGUGGGAGGAUGAAUGCAACGUAUGCGAGUGUCGGAAUGGUAAGAACCAAUGCAGCAAUGUCUGGUGCGGACCGGGUAACUGCUUGAACGGCACCUCUUGCUUGGCUCACGAGGUCUGCGUUCCUAGUCCGGGGGAAAGUUGUCUAGCACCAUCGUGUCCAGCGUGGGGCGAGUGUCGUCCUAUCGAAACUGGCAGACGAGUCGGUCCACCGGCGCUACCAGCUCCUCCAUCCUGCUGGCCCGGACAAACCACGCUUGGACCAACUUGCUCGAGACUCACGAUACUACUGCGGAGGGACACCUUGGCGUCUGGCACGUCGGUGGAACUAUUGUGCCGUCGUUUGAGGAAACUAUUGGCCGAUCCACGAAGACCGCAAUCGGUAGUGUUACUGUGCGAUCUGAAGCCCGGUGACAACGAUACGAUAGAAGUGACCAUUUUCUCCGAGGCGGCAGCGGACGCGGCCCGCGAUCUCGGCGAAACACUCAGUCGUCCAUUAGCCAGACCUCUCGUAUUAGUUUCUGUACUAGAGGUCAAAGUAGAGACAGCGUUACUUAGCGAACCUAGUUUGGCGAGUGCGGCUAAUGCCAGUAGUUACGUGACUGUUUUGGGUAGCGCUCUGGCGAUUGUGCUGCUAUUGGUGCUAUUCGGUAGCCUCUGGUACCUCAAAACUAUGAGGCAUAGAUCGAACCUGACGGCGACUACCAGCAGCGAAACUUCGUUACACCGUCAUCGCAGCGAUCUAGACGAAAAGUCGAAUAAUCUUCAGAACGAGGAGAAUUUGAGGAGAUAUGCCAAUCCUCUCAAGGACCAGGAUUCCGAACCCCGCGUGUCCGUUGUGAGGCCUCUGUCAGGCACUUCGCUUGGCACAUUGACCGGCACCGAGGAGAGUCUCGAAAUGGUAUCUGAAGAAGGCAGACAUCGUUUGCCACCACUCUAUAAACCGCCCAGCGCGGAAGCUAGGAACAAUACGGCCAGUUUUAGCUAUGAAGAAGGACCGCAUAAGCCUUACAUCAAGCCCAGACUGCAGGAACCGAUGUACCCUCAUCAGCAACCAGGUACCAGUCAGACGUCGGGGCCGCAUCAAGUGCUAACGGUACACGUGUGAUUAAAUAUCAUUAAAGUAAUGUGAAGAACAGUGAUUUUUUUAUUUUUCUUGCAUACACGAUGCACCAGUGAAAAUUCUUAGAGAUUUGAAAGGUAAUACGAGAGGAACUGAACUUUACUUGAACGAUCUAUUUUUUGUGAUAAUGGGAAAUGACUUUCGAUUUCGAGACUAACUUGAGAUGGCUCUUUUCAGGUUCUUCUUUAUGAAAGUUGAACCAAUGUUAGAAUAUAUUAGGGACAAAUGCAGAGAAAAAAGAAAGAGGACGAUUCUUAUAGGGCUCAGCAAUACCAUUAUGUUAUAAGAUAACACAUAAAUUUUCAA